AUGAUAGCAACAUUUCACAGAUAUGGAGGACUGAACAUGGCACUACCAAGAAUGGUUCGUAUAAAGCAACAUUUUGAUGCCCCUGUCGUUGCGGAUUUGCCCGCAGCAGUUAGAGCGGAAUUGGAUCAGAUCGGUACGGCGUCAAUUAUCGGCAAAGGGGAUAGCGUCGCUAUUGGCGGCGGCAGCCGCGGGGUUGCGAAUAUUGCUGUCGUCAUUAAAGCAACAGCGGAUUACCUCAAGGACAUCGGUGCAAAACCGUUUGUUGUGCCAGCGAUGGGAAGCCACGGCGGUGCAACCGCAGAAGGACAGCGAGCCGUACUAGAGCAUUAUGGCGUCACCGAAGAGACGGUCGGUGCACCGGUAAAGGCAACGAUGGAGGUCGUCGAAAUCGGUCAGACCGCCGACAAGUUGCCCGUUUUCCUUGAUACCUACGCCGCCAACGCAGAUCACAUUGUCCCGAUCAAUCGGGUCAAAGCACACACCGAUUUCAGAGGCACGGUUGAGAGCGGCACCCUGAAGAUGUUGACGAUCGGGUUUGGCAAGCAGCACGGUGCGAAUAUGUACCACCGCGCCUUUUUCACUAUGGUUUGA